AUGACAUCAUCAUUUGAGGGAAAUUGUUCAUCUUACUGGUCGUAUUCACCAUAUCCUUAUAACAAUAGUUAUGAUACACCUUCAUCAAAUUCAUCUUAUUAUGAAUCGCCUAUGUCAUCAUCAUCUCCACCUAUGGUAAUGUUUCCAGCAUAUGAUCAACAACAGCCUUGUUAUUAUUAUUCGAACGCUACUUUUUCUUGCGAACAAUUCGCACCACCAUCACCACCAGUCGUAUCAGCAUCUCAGAUGACAUAUGUUCCAUCAGUAACACCUUCACUUUCUCGUCCAGCAACAAAUCUACCAAAUCGAUUACAAUAUACAAUUCGUCAACGUUGGUUACUUAAUGAAAUAUUUGAACAUGUUCCUUAUCCUAAUAGUGUACAAAAGAAUGUUAUCGCCGAUCGAAUUGGAGCUACACGUGAACAAAUUCGUAUUUGGUUUCAAAAUCGUCGACGAAUAGCGGUACAAAGUCAUCGUUUAUCUUCUCGUCGUAAUAAUCCAUUAGCAAUCGAUAAUAGUCAUUUAGUUCAAUUGGAACUUGAAGAAAUUUUAGCUGAUCUUGAAUUACAUAAAAAUGCACCACAACGAAUGCCUAUUGGACAAGGCUUGUCAUCUCGACGUGUUCGUGUAAUGAAAAAAUAA